AUGGCUCGCUCGAAGUCAAGCAGUGGUCGCCGUGGUGGCAACCGUCGUCGUGGCCGUCGUGGCAGCUCCAGCUCUGCCUCGUCCGCUUACCAGGACGGCUAUGAGGGGGAAACCGAAGAACAGCUGCUGGAGAAGCCUCGUCGCUACCAGACCCCGUACACCGCCUUUGUGAAGUCCUCCUGGGCUGAGCACCGCACCGCCAACCCGGAGACCAAGUUCGACAAGGAGACCUUCAAGGCCUUCACCGCCAGCAUCGUCGCCAAGUGGAAGGGCAUGAGCGAGGAGGAGAAGCUGCCCUUUGAAGAGAAGUCUGCUGUGGAGCGCGCCCGCUACCAGGAGCUGAUGGUCGCCUACAAGGCGCAGCAGCUGGAGCUGAAAAAGAACACCCCGAAGCGCCCGCUCGGCUCGUACAUGCUCUUCGCCGCUGACGAGCGCGAGAAGGUCCGCGAGGAGCUGGGCGGCUCUGCCGCUAAGGUGGUGGACAUCGCCAAGGAGCUGGGCCGUCGCUGGGUGGCCCUCGAUGCUGUUCGCAAGGAGGAGUACAAGGCGAAGGCUGCCCUGGCUCGAGCCGAGUACUACGGGGCACGUGACGUGGCUGGCUCCUCCGAGAACGAGCAGGAAGAUGAGGGGCAGUUGAGCUCUUACAGCGAGGAAGAGGAGGAGGCUCAGGUGGAAGGGAAGAAGAAGAGCAGUGAUGGCAGUCGCCGUUCACUCUCUUCCAACUCGUACUCCUACUCUUCUGGCGAGUCCAGCGAGUACAGUGAGGACGAUGAGGACUACUGA